AGUAACUGUUAGACAGUCUGUAACUACCCCCACCGCCCCCCACACGCUCCAACAACAAGGCGUGUGACGAUGCUGUUAGAUACGGUACUGACUGACCAGUGCGCGCGGGGGUGACGUAGUAACUCGGUCUAGUGUCGUGAUCCUUAUCGAUUAGCCAACGAGCUAACUAUCGGCAGGGGCUUAGGCGAUAAGCGGACAGGUACAUGGAUGUGUGCACUGUAUUUCUAGGGGGAAGAUAGACCAAGGGCGUUAUAUUAUUUAGCGGGUCUUCCAGGGUGAGCUACUAUGGGGAAGGAGAAACUCCACAUAAACAUUGUGGUAAUAGGACAUGUCGACUCAGGCAAGUCCACCACCACUGGCCACCUCAUCUACAAAUGUGGGGGCAUUGACAAGAGAACAAUUGAGAAGUUUGAGAAGGAAGCUGCAGAGAUGGGAAAGGGUUCCUUCAAAUAUGCCUGGGUUCUGGACAAGCUGAAGGCAGAGCGUGAACGCGGCAUCACUAUUGAUAUCUCUCUGUGGAAAUUUGAGACCAGCAAAUACUACGUCACCAUCAUUGAUGCUCCAGGACACAGAGACUUCAUCAAGAACAUGAUCACUGGAACUUCUCAGGCCGACUGUGCUGUGCUGAUUGUGGCUGCAGGUGUGGGUGAGUUUGAAGCAGGCAUCUCAAAGAAUGGGCAGACUCGUGAACACGCCCUGCUCGCCUAUACCCUAGGAGUGAAGCAGCUCAUUGUGAGCAUCAAUAAGAUGGAUUCCACUGAGCCCAACUACAGCCAGAAACGCUAUGAGGAGAUUGUGAAAGAAGUCAGCAAUUACAUCAAAAAGAUUGGCUACAACCCUGACACUGUGGCCUUUGUGCCCAUCUCUGGUUGGAAUGGAGACAACAUGCUAGAACCCAGCCCUAAUAUGAACUGGUUCAAGGGCUGGAAGAUCAACCGUAAAGAUGGAAAUGUUUCAGGCACCACACUACUUGAGGCUCUGGAUGCCAUCCAGCCUCCCACACGCCCCACUGACAAACCCCUCCGCCUGCCUCUGCAGGACGUCUACAAGAUUGGAGGUAUUGGUACCGUGCCAGUGGGCCGAGUAGAGACAGGAAUCCUAAAACCUGGCAUGGUGGUGACCUUUGCUCCUGUCAACGUAACCACUGAGGUCAAGUCAGUGGAGAUGCACCACGAGGCCCUGACUGAGGCGCUACCUGGUGACAAUGUGGGCUUCAAUGUUAAGAACGUGUCUGUAAAGGACAUUCGCCGUGGCAACGUGGCUGGAGACAGCAGGAAGGACCCACCACAGGAGGCAGCCAGCUUCACCUCUCAGGUGAUUAUCCUGAACCAUCCUGGUCAGAUCAGUGCUGGCUAUGCCCCAGUGCUGGACUGCCACACUGCACACAUUGCAUGCAAGUUCGCUGAGCUCAAGGAAAAGAUCGACCGCCGCUCUGGUAAGAAGCUUGAGGACAACCCCAAGUUCCUAAAGUCUGGAGAUGCUGCCAUUGUGGACAUGGUCCCUGGCAAGCCUAUGUGUGUGGAGAGCUUCUCUGAGUACCCACCACUGGGGAGGUUUGCCGUCCGUGACAUGCGUCAGACGGUGGCGGUGGGAGUAAUUAAGGGCGUGGAAAAGAAAGCCCCCACCAGUGGUAAGAUCACCAAGUCUGCACAGAAGGCACAGAAGGCCAAAUGAAUGUUGUGCUGGGCUGUUGCCCCAAACGUUUACCAUGGCCGAAGACACACUAGCACCCCACCCCUUCUGCACACCAUAGUCAGGUUCUGGUCUAUUAUCACAAUGCAUCGCAAAAGCAGACGAAGGAAAAAAAAUGAAGUACAACACUGUUAGUGAAUAACAUGUUAACACACUGUUAUAUGUAGCUUUUAUUGUCACUCAAUUUGUGGCAGAACAACAACGUAUUUGCAUUACAGCUCUCUGGUUGUGUGUUGUUGUAGUUAGGAUUAAGCUGUUCAUCGAAUUAGCUAAUAAAUUUAGCUGCUUAGCACCAGUAAUGAGGCAGAGAUGUUCUUUUGCGAGGUGUUUGUCAAAGUAACGCUCUGUGCUCUAGCUUUAAGAGAGGUGUGCUUACUAGCCAUAGGUAGAUUGGCUGCUUGCAUGUUCCUCUUUGCACCUUAGAGAAACUAGUUUCAGAAACGGUGUCUUCAUGCAUAGCACUUUGCUUGAAUUAAGCUCCCUAGCAGUAGCUCUGUUAAAUGUUAGUUACUGUUUAGUUCAUGCACCUUAAUCACUGUUAAUUGUGAUCAUAUGUUCAUAAAAGUAAAGAGAUAUAAAGUUUG